AUGGCGACUCUCGGUGGUAGUCCCGGGCAUCGUCUUGGCAAUUCAAAUCAAUCUAAGUCUUCUCUUGUAUCUCCAGAGAAAGUUCGUGAACUUCUUAACGAGGGUGUAUCAUCAGCAGACGUCGGCUCUGAGAGUGGACAAGCAGACGUAAAUGUUUUAAAAAGCAACAUUCAAGCUCCUUGUGAGGCAACGAACAAAGAUGCCUUUUUCUCCAGAGUGGAAUCAUAUUCAAUAUCCUUUUCUUCGUGGUACUGUUUGAAAUGGGCAGGCAAACCCCGCACAUUGUCCCCCCUGACGUGUGCCAGAUAUGGUUGGAUUAAUGUCGGCUGCGACAUGCUCAAGUGCACCAGCUGCCAGGCCUUUCUGUGCGCAUCACUACAACCAACUUUAGACUAUGAAAAAUAUGAAACCCGCAUUGCAGAAAUAUCAAAGCAGCUUAAGACGCAGCAUGAGAAGUUUUGUCCAUGGCCUUAUUUUCCAUGCCCAGAUAGGUUCUGGGUGGUUCCAGCCUGUGAACCAUCAACACUUCUUUCUACUUUUUUGGAGCGCUUCCAGAGUGUCUGUCUUCUCUCACAGCAGCUGCCAGCUUUGAGGCCAGAGGAACUGAAAUCCAUGUCUUUGACAGAAGAUGUUAUCAGUGUUAUACUCCAGCUGAUUGAGGAAGAACUGAAGAAAAAGGGAGUGACUCCGUGCUCUGAAUCCUUGGCUGUUCAGGUGGCUGCAUGUAUUGUUUCUCUCUGUGGCUGGUCAGCAAGCCCAUCUCUUCAUGCCAUGAAUCUCCCUAUCCUCACCUGCUCCUACUGUAUGCGAAAGGUGGGCUUGUGGAACUUCCACCAAAUGGAAAUGGCUGCAGGAGAUGCAGAGACCUCCCCCAGUACCACAGGACCCGCUGCCCCAGUGGCAGCACCAGUAUCGGCCUCUGCCGGUGAUGGCCAGGGGGACCAUUCCACAUCAGCCUCACCUACUCCUCCUACAACUCCCUGUCGCAUGAAGUUGAGGAGCCAGGACUCUAACCGCUCUGAACAGGCAGAGGGAACCUCUUCUCCUGUGGCCUUGCGCGCUCGAAGCAGAGACUCACCCAGCCCCAGCGAAGAGCUCUCAAGUCCCUUGGCUCGGGGUAAAAGACCUGCCACUCGAAGUCGAGCCAUGGGAGACAGCCCUGGAUCAGAGGGCACUGCCAGCCUCCACCCACCCAAACGCUUGUGCCUGUCACCCUUCAGUGGGCCUGAUGGCCCUCUGCACAAGAAUGCAUUUGACCCUCUUGCCCAGCACAGGGAUUGGUGUCCUUGGAUCUCUGUGGGCAAGGAGAAUGAAGAUCCAGGGACUAUCUCCUUUUCAGAUGGAAGCACAACGCUUAAUCAGCAAGGCUGGAAAGCUGCUCUUGACCUCCUCAUGCCCACAAAAAAGAUCUCCAAUGCACAGGGAAGCAGUCCAGCACAGGCAAGUCACCAGUUCUGA